AUGGCUGCCAGCAACACCACCGCUGCUGAGGCGAGGACUGUUGACCCCUCAAUGUUGGAGGGAAGCAUGAGGGAGAGGGUCAAUCAAUUGAGGAAGGAGGUGUGUGGACUGUUUGAGGCUUGCAGCGACAGCAACGCGGUGCACCAGAUGAGCCUUGUGGACACCCUCCAGCAUCUGAGUAUUGAUCAUCUCUUCCAGGAGCAGAUUGAUGCCACACUACGCAGCAUCCAUGGCUGUGGAGGAUUCAGUAGCCUCCAUGAAGUUGCCCUGCGAUUUCGCCUCCUUAGGACCCAUGGUCUUUGGGUUUCUCCAGUAUACUACGAGCAAGAUCUCUCGCGGGCUCGGACAAUGCUUACCAAGGUUUUUGCACUUAUGACCGUGGUAGAUGACACAUUUGAUGACCAUGCUACCUUAGAUGAGUCUCGUAAGCUCGCUGAAGCUAUAAGAAGAUGGGACGAUAGUGCAGUUUCUAUGUUACCCGAGUACCUGAGGAAGUUCUACCUAAGGCUGUUACGAAACUUUGAAGUUUUUGAGGAUGAACUGCAACCAAAUGAGAGGUACCGUGUGGCUUACACCAGGGAAGCGUUUCAGAUGACGUCUGAAAGUUAUCUCCAGGAAAGCGAAUGGUUUCAUCAUAAUUGCAAACCAUCUUUUAAAGAACACGUGAAGGUGUCUACGGUGUCGAUCGGACCUCAAACAGUAGCUACCGCGAUGCUAAUGGGCAUGGGUGAUGAAACAACCAGAGAUGCAUUUGAGUGGGCACUGAGGGGAGACACUGUUAUGAUCUUCGGGCGGAUAGCCCGUUUCUUGAACGACAUAGCUUCAUUCAAUAGUGGGAAGAGCAAGAAAGAUGUAGCAACUUCCGUGGAGUGCUACAUGAACGAGUACAAUGUAACACGUGAGGUAGCCAUGAGAUAG